AUGCUCCGACGAUGCAUUCUUGCCCUGUUCAUCAUUUUCAUCAUUCUCAUAAUACCCAUAGUGAGGGGCUUGGAGCCAGACUUCCUGUAUCCUCUGGAGAACGUUACGAUCCCACAGGGUCGGGACGCAACAUUCACAUGCGUGGUGAACAAUCUAGGUGGAUACCGGGUGAGUCCUUCCUCGUACGCGAGUGCAGAUCACAAUGGCGCCAAGGCCCGGGUGGCUUGGAUCAAAGCGGACACAAAAGCAAUUCUGGCGAUUCACGAGCACGUUAUAACGAAUAAUGGACGUCUUUCUGUGACCCACAAUGAUUUCAAUACGUGGACAUUGCAUAUUAAAAAUGCAGACAGGUCUGAUCGUGGAUUGUACAUGUGUCAAGUCAACACGGAUCCCAUGAAGAGCCAGAGUGCUUUUCUGGAAGUGGUAAUACCCCCGGACAUAAUAUCAGAAGACACUACCGGUGACAUGAUGGUCCCGGAAGGAAGUUCGGCCAAACUCACAUGUAAAGCACGAGGUUACCCAAAGCCCGAGAUAACAUGGCGCCGUGAGGAUCGCGGUGGCAUAAUCGCUCGGGAUGCAAACGGCGGGGCCAAGACCAGACAGACGACGGUUGAGGGCGAAACGCUGUUCUUGACAAAGGUCACGAGAAGCGAAAUGGGAACUUACAUGUGCAUAGCAAGCAACGGUGUACCACCCACGGUCAGCAAACAGAUGAUGCUGCACGUCAACUUUCAUCCGAUGAUCCAAGCCCCAAAUCAAUUGGUAGGCGCUCCAAUCGGCACCAACGUAACUCUUGUGUGCAACGUGGAGGCGUCUCCCAAGGCGAUCAACUACUGGACCCGGGAGUCCGGGGAGAUGAUCAUUAGUAAUCACAAGUACUCCAUGUCUGAGGAGAAACUGUCGGUUUACAGUGUACAAAUGCGCCUGGUCAUACGGAAUUUGCACAAGAAUGAUCUAGGCGGAUACAAGUGUAUAUCAAAAAAUUCUAUUGGAGAGGCUGAUAGCAGCAUUGGACUAUAUGAUAUGCAACUUCCGGAGCACUCGAGGAAGGGCAAUGAAGUGUCUGAUGAGGAUGAUAUGAAUGAGUCACGCGAAACCGGUGGCCACAGGCUGAAUCGGGUUUAUCAAGGCUCACUGAGGGAAAGCGGAUCAACUCAGCAGACAGCGGUGGGCGUCGAUGGUGCCUCGGCUGUAGCAAGUAUCGUUGAUAGUAGUGCUGGAUCGUACGUGCCACUGUGCUCCCUUCUAAUCGUCUCUAUCGUCUACACGUAAGCCACAACGAACAGUCUCUCCGGAGUGUUGUAACAAGCGGUCUAUUAACAAGUGCACGGUGUUAUUCCGUGUUCGAGCGGAUGGGUGACCAUUUUUUUUAUGUAUAAAAUGUUGCAGCUCUCCAGGCGCCACUUGUAAUCACUCCAAACCAAUGCAGAAUAACCGUUAAUAUAUUGUUUCAAAGUGAAAAUAUAUCGGUGAUUAUAUCAAUUGGCAAAUGAGAUAUUUCGGCCGAAUCAACGAGUGCAUAUCUCAAUAAAGAAUUAAUUCAUGGACUAUGA